AUGAACCAACUUUCUCAAUUUCAUAUUAAUGCAAAUAGAAGUAUUAAUUUACCCUUUGGCUGUGCACUUGAAACCUAUAUCAACUCAUUACCUUUAUUAGUAAUCUGUAAACUCAAAAAACAAAAUCAGCUUUAUAUAAAUAAAAGUAUUAAAGCUAGACUUAUUACUUUAAAACGUGUUGAAGGUACUAUAAACUAUCUUACCUGGAAAACAGUUCAAGGACAAAAAAAAUCAACAAACAGAAUUGAUAAUAUAAUUGAAAUUACUGAUAAAGGACAUGAACAUGUAGCCAAAUUCAAACAAAGUAUAGCUCAAGACCUAACUAUAUGGAGAUGGAUUCUUUUUUGUGAUAGUAGUAUUGGUUGUGAAAGGGCUUGUGGCAGGCUUGGAGAAUUCAUGCUUUCCAAUGUUGAGGAUCCUUUACCAAUACAACUAAUUAUCAAUAGUGUACAUAAAAUAUCUAUUUUUCCAAUACCAGAUUCUAAAUUCACAAGAAUUAAUCUAAGUCUUCAAACACAUGAUAAACGUAGUGAUACUUCUGCUACAGAAAAUAGCUUUGAACAUUAUUAUCAGUUAACUAUAACUGAUGAAAUGUGGCUUAAACAAGGAUGUGAUUGUGGUCAAUUUUGUUUUGGAAUAGACAGAAAGUAUAAUUUGAACAAUGAAAAAGCACUAGUUCUUGCUAUAGUUAUCGAGGAUCAGGCUAGCUAUAGAUCACUACUAGUAUUUGGUCUUAGUAACAAAGAGAACCAUCAUACAAUACGAAUAGCAAUGCAAGCUAUAAAAGCAAAUAUCUUAUGCAAUAAUUCUAAUUGUCUGCACCACUACCAAUAUAUUAACUUACUAAAAAGAAUAGAGUUUCAACGCCAACUUGAGUAUACUUCUAAUUGGAAUCUACUAGCUAUGAUAAACAAACAUCAGCUCACUAAACUUGCAUUACAAGGUCUUAUUUGUGGUACAAUUCUUUCACUUGCUUUUAAAAUUGUGAGUAGAAGUAAAACUGAUGAAGAAGUAGUUAAAAUGGGAGAAGAAUAUAGUAAAUUCAUUAAUUCUUUGUCUCUUGAUAAUAAUAUAAAAGACCAUCUAAUACGUGAUCUAAGACGAAAAAGCUUUAUUGAUAAGGGAUGGAUGUCACAAAUAUAUGAUCAACCUAAUGCAAUGCCAAUGACAAUGAACAAUCUUAUAGAACGAAUAUAUAAGACUGUAGAAGCACGAUGUAGUGGAAUACAAACAGUUGUGAAAUUUAUUGAAUAUUUAUAUGGUACUAAAAUUUUUCAAGAAUCAUUAGUUCAAAGUAAGCUCGGAAAAACUAAUUUUGAUGCAAAGUUGGCAACUUACUGGAACAUGCGUACUAUUGAACAUAAACAAAUACUACCUAAAAAUUCUGUUGAUAAAAAAUAUCAGAUAAACCAAGGACAUCUUUAUAUACUUCUUGGUUUUGUUAUACCAAUUCCUGGACAAGAAAAUUAUAUAUUAGUUAAAAAGCAGAACAAAGUAUUCUAUUUACCUUAUACUUUUCAUCUUGUUAAUAUACCAGCAAAUAUAUUAGAAAAAAUAAAUGAGAUAAUUAUUAAAUUAGUUAACAGAAAAAAUCUCUAUAUUCCAGAAAUAUAUUAUCUUGUCAAUACAUUAUCAGAAGCUUUACAUAGAAAUUUACAGAUGCAAGAAAUUAAGAAAAAACUAGUACAGCAUUUUAAAAAUAAGAAAAAUGCAGUUGCGCCAGAAAAAAAGAACUAUAUUAUUUAUAGAGGAACUAGCAAUGAGCAAAAAACAAUAGCAAAUGAUCUUUUUCGUCCAAUAGAUAGUAUACAAAUCCCUUCAACAAGUGGAGCACCUAAAAAUAAUGGAGCAAAGUUUUGCAAACCUAGUCAAUUUUCUUCUAACAUGCAAAUAGAAAAUAGUCAAGAAUGUUAUAACAAUAAUAAAAAUUUUAGUGAUUCAACAAUUACAGAAAUUACAGAAAUUUCAGAAAUUCUAAUUAAUGAGAUUGAAAAUAUAGAUCUCUACUCUAUUUGUAGACAUAAUACUACAAGA